CUAUAAUGUAUAUAUAAGUUAAAGUAGUAUAAUAUAAGGAAUCAUCGCAUUGACUUUAAUAGAAAAUGGACUUGACUUUGGUAAUUGUUGUAAAAAAAAAGACUUUGGAAAUUUCAGGGGGACGACAAGUUAUGAUAUCAAUCAUGGCGUCAUCGUGGAUUACGUAAAAGCGGUAACCGGUACAUGUAAUGCUAUGUUUUGUUAUUCAUGUCACAUAACCCAAAAUCAAAUCUCAGUUGCUCAUCCGUAUUUUUGUUUAUAAAUACAACACCACAAAUUCACAAAAGAGACACAACACAAGUUCUCGAAGUCACUUCGGCGGAGCAAAAAAUGGCACCACCGCAUUUUCUACUUGUAACGCUUCCAGCGCAAGGUCACGUGAACCCAUCCCUCCGUUUUGCUCAUCGACUCAUCAGAACCACCGGCGCACGUGUCACUUUGGCCACAUGUCACUCCGUCUUCCAUUGCUCUAAUAUCCAAAGCCACGACAACGUGUACAAUCUCUCUCUCCUUACCUUCUCCGAUGGGUUCGACGACGGGGUCAUCUCCAACACCGAAGACGUCCAAAACAGGCUGCUGAAUCUCGAACGUAACGGAGAUAAAACGCUGUCGGAGUUCAUCGAAGCUAAUAAAAACGGAGACUCUCCCGUGGCUUGCGUGAUCUACACGAUUCUUCCUAGUUGGGUUCCAAGAUUAGCACGUAGGUUUCACCUUCCUUCUGUUCUCCUAUGGAUCCAACCCGCUUUGGCGUUCAACGUUUAUUACAAUCACUCAACCGGGAAUAACUUCGGUUUUGAGUUCCCGAAUCUCCCCACUCUCGAAACCCGCGAUCUUCCUUCUUUCCUCUCACCUUCCAACACUAGCAACAACAUCGCACAAGAAGUGUAUCUAGAGUUGAUGGAGUUUCUCAAAGAAGAACCCAACGUGAAAGUUCUCGUCAACACAUUCGAUUCGCUCGAGGCAGAGGCCUUAACCGCUGUCCGGGAUAUCGAAAUGGUGGCGGCUGGGCCUUUACUUCCACCAGAUAUGUUCACAAGAAGCGAACCGGUAAAAGAUCAAAGUAAUUAUACACUUUGGCUAGACUCGAAAACAGAUUCCUCUGUUAUUUACGUUUCUUUUGGAACAAUGGUUGAAUUGUCCAAGAAACAGAUAAAGGAACUAGCUAGAGCUCUCAUUGAAUGUAAAAGGCCGUUUUUGUGGGUUAUAACUGAUAAAGCAAACAGAGAAGCGAAAAUAAAAGGAGAGAACGACACAGAGAUUGAGAAGAUAGCUGGUUUAAGACACGAGCUCGACGAGGUUGGUAUGAUUGUGUCUUGGUGCUCACAGGUGGAGGUUUUAAGACACAGAGCCGUAGGUUGCUAUUUGAGUCAUUGUGGGUGGAGUUCAACACUUGAGAGUUUGGUUCUCGGCGUUCCGGUGGUGGCGUUUCCUAUGUGGUCAGAUCAACCAACGAACGCGAAGCUCCUGGAGGAUUUGUGGAGGACAGGUGUGAGGGUGAGAGAGAACGAGGAUGGAUUGGUGGAGAGAGGAGAGAUAAGACGGUGUUUGGAAGCAGUGAUGGAGGAGAAGUCGGUGGAGCUGAGGGAAAACGGUGAGGCAUGGAAGCGUUUAGCGGUUGAAGCGGGUAGAGAAAGAGGGUCAUCAGAUAAGAACAUGGAGGCUUUUGUGGAGACUCUGUUCAGUGGAGCAGAGGAGGUUAAAGAUAAAAAUCAAUGUUUGGAGAAAUCUACCUUGCUCAGUUAGUUGAAAACGGUUUUUAACCUUGUCCCUUUGUUUAUCAAUUUCAUUAUAAAGUAAAGAAAUGCAUUUAUCUAUGUCGUGAAUGAAUUCUCCUGAAAACAAGUGUUAUAAAUGGCGACGAGUUAAAGUUUCAAAA